AUGCGAUGGGAGUGUAAUCCUCUUUACACGCUAGUCAUUGUGGUUAUUGCCUGUGGUGGCAUACCCAAGGGCUAUGAUGAGGGUGGCUACAGUGGCAGUAUCACCCUAUCCUCGUUCAAGGCCGACUUUAAUCUAGUCCCAGCCGACUGGGCCGGUAAUGCCUCGGGACUAGCCAACCGGAAAGCGAAUAUCACCUCCUUCAAUGUGCUGGGCGCUGCGCUCGGGGCUCUCAUAGUCCUCGAUCUGAACGACAGACUAGGGCGCUUGGUGGCGUGGCGCUUAGCAUGUGUGGUGUGGGCUUCUGGCACAUUGGUACAAAUAUUCUCGUCCGGUAUCUACGGGCUUCUCUUGUUUAGCCGCAUCUGGGGCGGCUUGGGCGCCGGGGGUCUAACGGUGACGUCUCCCUUGUAUCUGAGUGAGAUCGCGCCCAGCAAGACACGGGGCCGGGUGGUUGGGCUCUACAUGGUCCUGCUCCUGGCCUCUCUGGCCUUAGGUGAGUCCGGACCCGGUUGCAAUGUGCCUGUCACUUCUAACCUGGCCGCUUCUCUAGGUUUCUUUAUCAACUAUGGCGCCAGUGUUCACAUGGCAGUCACGCGAACCCAAUACCGUCUCGUUCAGGCCAUCGUUCUCGUCCCCGUCGGUAUCGCAUUCGGCCUGUCCUACCUUUGCCCCGAAAGUCCCCGAUAUCUCGCGUCGAAAAAACGUUACCAAUCCGGAUUGGAGGCGUUGGCGCGCCUGCGUGGGAAAGACACCGGUGAUCCAGGUGUCAUAGAGGAGUUUGAGACUAUUGAUGCACAGGUGCGCGAGCAGGCCUCGGACCUGGCAUCUGUCUCCCAUUGGGCGAUCUUCAAGGAGACCCAAAGCAACCCAAAUUAUCGGCAGCGGUUCUGGCUGCUUAUGACAAUGCAAACCAUCGCCCAGUGGACCGGUGGGAAUGGCAUCACGUAUUAUUACGCCGGGCUCGCCGGUACUGCGGAAUCCCUUAUAUCCUCCGGUGCCUAUGGGGUAACUAAACUGGUAUUCACUGUGGCGUUCUCAUGGGGGCUGAUUGACCUCAUCGGUCGAAGACGCUGCGCACUCGCUGGACUGACUCUUCAAUUACUAGCACACAUCUACACAGGCAUUUAUAUGGGUCUCCGCCCCGGAUCAGCUCAUAACCAAAACGCUUCCAACGCAGCAAUCGCCUCAGUUUUCGUGUACGCCGUGGGUUGGUCAAUUGGACUCUGCACUAUACCUUACCUCUAUGGCACAGAGAUUUUCCCCACUCGCAUCCGCAAUCUCAGCUAUGCCUCGAGUAUGGCGCUCCACUGGGUUUUCCAGUUCGCUGUCGUCCGCGUGACCGGCCAAAUGUUUGUGUCGCUCGAUGUCUGGGGAGCGUAUCUCUUCUGGGCACUUAUCUGCUUUUUUGGGAUUAUCAUUCUUGGCAUCUGGAUGCCCGAGACAAAAGGUGUUCCAAUUGAGCGCAUGGGGGACUUGUUCGACGGGCCUUGGUAUUGCCGCUGGCGGGCGAAGCCACGAGAGUGUGUUGCUGUUCCGUCGACUCCCACCGCGAUGGAGACGGUUGCGUCAAAGGACAAGUGCCCUAAGUCGUGUGAAUCGCUCCUUUGA